AUGUCGAAAUCGUCCAGCUCAUUCACCUCCUAUACCGAUGCCGCCAGCACCUACUGGCCGCCCGGCUGGAACUUCCAGCGGUAUGCCCACGCCACACCCGCGGACGACGCCGCGCUGUCGGACGAGGAGCGCGCCAAGAUGCAGGCCGGCUUCCGCGAAGCGCUCGGCGAGGACGGCGUUAUGGACAUGGCCCACGUCGUGUGGCAAGAGCAGCUGCGCCGCAUUAGGCUUGAGAAAGAGUCUUCUUCUGCCGCCACCGCGUCGUCAUCGUCGUCUGUGCAAAAGCAGCAGCAGCAGCAGCGGCAACGGCCUCCGCCACCUCCCCCCGACUGGCUCAAGAUUUGGCGCAAACGGGCGGGCGGCGACGGCGGCGGAGCCUGGGGCUUCGUCGCGUUCUGUACUUCCAGUGCCGUCGCCGCCAUGCCGGAGUCGGACGUGGCCAAAUUCCACACACGCGCACGGGAGAUGGCGGAGAUGCCGAUCCAGAAGGCGUUGGAGGAGGAAGGGCAGCCGGCCGACGAGAUCGCCGAGGCGCGACGCUCUUUUGAGAUCCGCUGGGUCGAGAUGGACGACGACGACGAAGACGCCGAGGGCGAGGAAGGAAAGGGGGAGGCGGGGACGGGAGGAGACUGGGUUGAGAAGGCGCGCGCCAGUUAUCGCGCCAUGCGCGAGUCUGGCGUCCUCCCGUCGGGUCUCGAUCUACCCGUCUUCCUCUGCGCGUCACCCGCCGCCGUGGCCUCGGUGCUGCGGACGUCGCCGGCGGAAGCGAAGGAGGCGCAUGAGGAGAAGCCGCGUUGGCGAUCCGGCGACGUCCCGUUCCUGCUGGUCGCGGCCGCGGAGACGGAGCAGGGGAUCGUCGAGGAGGACGACGACGAAGAAGAAGAAGAAACUCAUGUUGGCUGUGGGGAAAGGAACUGGUUUAAGCCCGUUUUCAAAGCGGCCGCCGAGGUGCUGGUGGACGAGCUCUGGUGGGUCGUCGCGGAGCAGAUGAUGUCGCUGGGCCAGAUGACGAGGUUCGUUCGGGGCGCGACGGUGGCCGAGGAGCAUGUAACGACGACGGAAGAAGAGAGGCAAGGGGAGGGAGGAGAGGCGGCUGAUGUUGGUAGCGGACGGGCCGAUGAGCCGGGCCAUGACGACGACGGGCUGGAUGGCAUAUGGUGGACAGUUCACAUACCGCCGCGUCUGAUGAGGAGGAGGCGGAGGGUAUGGGCGAGAUCUGGAUAG